AUUAUUAUAAUACCUAAAUACCUACACACACACACACACACACACACACACACGCAUCUACCCCAUAUGAGUACCCCUCAAGUACAUAACUAAGAUCCGAAAGUCGAGUUCGAAACGUUUUUCGCAUUCGACUGCAAUGUUGUAUUUUUCAGCACGUAAAACAAAACAAAAUAGAAAAACUAAACUAAACUAAGUUCAACGCAGAGCAAAAACACACAAAAAGUUCGUUAAAUUCAGGACGCAUUCGCGCUGUUUAAAAAAUUUCCCAAAAAAAAAAGAUAUACAAAAAAAAAGAGGAACCGUACAUAAAUAACUAUGAAAUAUGUCUCCAAAAGAAAACAACACACAAAAAAAAGUACAGUUUGUUAAUGAAAAUUAAGGUUUGAGAGUUGUAAAAGAACAGUUAAACGCAAAAAAAAAACAUAAACAAAAAGAGAGUUGAGUGUAAAAGGUUUUGAUUGAAAAUAAAAAAAAAACGAAAAACAAAACGUGACGCAACAGAGAAGAAAAGAAAGAGAAAAAGUACCAAGUGUUUCAAUUUUAACGGGCAUUUAAGAAAGUCUUACGGCAGUUAGCUUUUUGUCUACUGCGUGCAGGGAAAUUUUCAGCUUGGGUCUUUUGCUUGCCUAGAGCGAGACAAAUAUAUGUUGCGCUGCAGUGCUGCAGCAGCCAGCUUUUGCCCAGCAGCAGGGCGCGCGUUUUGAAUUUGCAUUGUGUUAAGGAAUACUAGAGCCCGAUUUGAGGAGGUCAGUUAAGGGAUUUUACGCGAUUUACUUUUCUUUAAAGAGUUCUUAGUGGAACAAACAUAGUCACGCCAGCCCAAUUAGAAUCCAAUUGCCCGCUGGCAUAUCGAAUUAGAUUUGCUUCAAGCCUCAUUUGCCUGAAGCACAAUGAAAUAUUUGAGGCACGUGCAGGAGUCCAGCGAAAUUUGGCCACUCAAAUGGAUAAUACCGUUAGUUAGCUGUGGCUAUUUGUCGGGCAUUGGACUCAUACUGCUCUGGUACGAAUGGCAGCCGGCCCAAAGGGAGCGGGAUCUGACGCAGCUGUGGCUGCUUCUGGUGAUCCUGGGUCUGCUCUGCAUGACAAUGCUCUUCAGCCGGGCCGUGCGGUGCAUACUGACGCUGGCGCUGCCCUCGCUGUGCAGCUCACGUGGACGCGCCCUGCUCAUUGCCCUGGCCUUCUAUGUGGCCGCCCGCGGACCCACCGCCAAUAUCCUGGCCAAUCUGAUGGCGCUGCUGCGCAGCUUGGCCUGCGGCCAGGAGCUGCUGCGUCUGGCCAUUGGCCAGAUGCUGGACGUGGUCAUGGAGCCGGUGCGUGCCGUUCACAUGGCCAUCGAUCAGCUGCUCGAGGAGCUGCGCCGUGUGCUGCAACAGGUGCUGCAGCUGCUGCUGCGCAUCCAGAGCUACCUGCUGGUCAUCAUUGAUGCCUUCAAGGUGUGCGCCGCCUGGCUGGAGUCCGUGCUGGAGCUGUGCAACUCGGAGCUGGGCACGCCCUGGACACGCUGCCAGCAGGCAGCUGAGCGCGCCCAGGCCAAAUGCCGCGCCAGGCUGGGCAUGCUCAAGUCCCUCUGCCAUGCCGCUAAGCUCUUCCUGGCGCUCUGCUAUCCGGCCAGGCUGGUGGACGUCUUCUGUGCCGGCGUCUGGGAUGACAGCUGGCAGAUCCUCGACACCAUCAUGAAGCGCUAUUACGAGUUUGUGGCCCAGCUGGAGCAGAUGUUCGAUGUGAGCAUUAGCUUUGAACAUAACUUCAAGUUCCAUACGAACGCGUCCAAGAAACUGUCCGAUGUUGGCGACGAGGUCAUGCAGGAUAUUCAGCAACGUUUGCGUCCAUUCUUCAUAUUCCAGAGCUGGCUCGAUCUGCUCUGCUGGCUUAUGCUGCUGGCCAUACUCAUCAAGGCCAUCUAUUUCUAUCUGCGCUAUAUGCUCGGUCGGGAGUAUCAGAAUAUUUAUUUGACCAGCGCGCUUUAUGCCAUCGAGAGGGAUUGCGAGGCAAAGGGCCAGCCCACAGCUCUGCCCCUGAAGAGUCUGGAGCGCGCCAAGUACUUGAAGCUAACCAGCCUGCGGCUGUCGGGCGGCGAGUGCCUGAUGCUGGCGGAGAAUGCGUUCUUUAUGCUCAACACGUGCGUUCAGCUGGGCAGCAUUUGCCUGUUGGACUACAGCAUGUUCUGGCUGCUGGACAGCAUUGCGUAUUAUGGCGAGGAGCAGGAUGAUCUGGAGAUACCCGCCUACGUGGAUCUGGAGAUUGAGGGCGGCGGCUUUGUGGGCGACAUUAUGAGAGGCAUUGCGAAUGCCUUUCGUCCCAUCACCCAGAAGACCAAGCUGGACUCCAAGUCCUGCCUGCCGCUGCCCGUCGAGCCGGACUACAGAUACUAUGCGGGCAUCUUGCUGCUCUGCCUGCUCGCCUGGCUCAUCCUGCUGACGGAGCCCUAUGCGCUGCGUCUGCGUCACCUGAUCAUGCAGAGAUUCUAUCCGGAACGUGCCCAUGUGCGUGCGCUGUAUUUGCAGCGGAAGAUAAUCGAAAAGCGAGGUGGGCGCCGGUUCAAACCCAAUCCUAUAAAGACUCUAAACUCUCUCUCUCUCUCUCUCUCUUGCUCUUUUUUCUCCUUAGGCUGCUUCUUCAAGAUGGCCCGUCGCAAGGCACGCGCCCUUUUUAGGCACCAGCAGGCGGGCGGACAUGUCGGCUGCCUGGGCAAGCUUCUCCGGUGCUGCUGUUGCCUCUGUUUCUGGCCCGUUCGUGGCGAGGAUGUGUGCAUUCUGUGCGCCCAGCUGUUGAGCUCCUCGACACGCGUAAAGUGCGAUACGCCCGGCUGCAAGGGCGUCUACUGCCAGGCCUGCUUACGUGAGUCCAAUGGCAAAUGUUGCCUCUGCCAGCGGCCCGCUGAUUAUGGCGAUUACAGCGACCUCUCCGAAGUUCAGGACUCCUCCGACAAUCCGGAGUCGGAAUCAUUUGGACAAAUCAAGGCACGUCUUCUCUGCAGCAAAUAUCGCAGGCAGCACAGCAAAAAGGAGCCUUAAACAAGCACAAAAAUGUGUUUUUGUUUAUUAUAAUGUAAUUCAUUUAUGAAUAUUUCUAAUAAGAUUAUUAUAAUUCUUUAUAGGCUGGGCAAGGCAUAA